AUUGGCACCGAAACGUACAGAUGAUUCAAGUGAUGUGAAUGUAUCAAAACUUAGUGUUCUAUUAUCAGUUAUUGAUGGUAUCAAAGAUGUUCCUAAUCUGAUGAUUUUCUGUGCCACAAAUCGUUUACAUAUGAUGGAUGAAGCAUUUUUACGACGUAUGAACGGAAAAUACUUUGUUGGACGACCAUCAUCUCGUGCUCGAAAGAAUAUGUUAAGUCAAAUGAAAUCUUGGCAUGUAUCACCACAGCUACUAGAACACUUGACUAUGGCUACAACUAAUUUCAGUGGAGCUGCAAUCAUAUUAGCAUCAUCAAUGAAAUGA